CUCAAACAGCCGCUAGAGCGCAGAGCUAAAAGGUUCUAUCAACUACCUUCAAAUGUCACGCUCUACGGCAAUGGCUUGGUCAUUUCGACAGCGGAGAUGCAAAUUCAUUCCAAGAUUACGGCACAAUUUUCUCCAACGCAAUGUAUGCCCGGUGGUACUACCGGCCUUAAUCUUUCGACACAGCAAUUGCGAUGUUGGCAAUCUACCACCACCAAGGAUCUGCACAUACCAAUAUCGUCGCAAAUAUUGCUAGGUCCAUUACGCCGUGUAACAUCGGGUAUGAAAUUUUACAUUUUAAACUUCGCCUUUUAGAGGACCCCAGUUUGGAGGAUCAAAUGAACUCAUCCGCAUCCCGCCUUGUCAUCUCGCCAACGUUUGAUCUCCAUUUAGCGCGUCCUCAACCCCAGCACCUCAUCAGAAAAUCUUCGGACCACCUCCCAACAACCGUUGGUCUAGACUUGAGUUGUAUACUAUGGCCUAUCAAAAUUAAGUGGCGUUGGGUCUUUCUGCAUGUUUACCGCAUGGUUACCGUAUCGGUCUGUGGCUUCGCUGCCCUUCUUCGGUUGAAUUUGUUUGUUUCUCACGCAAAUUUCCGCUAUUGUAUGGUGAGAUUGGAAGUGUUUAUGUAGGACGCCCUGUCCGCUGUUGCUGCAAAAGUUACGAACUUCUAUUCUCUCUCCGUCUCACCAUAGUCAUUCUUUUCGCAAGCCGCUGUGCUGCUGCCAUUCGUUUUUGUACUGCCAAAUAGAAUCG